GAUAAAGUCAUAAAUGUGAAAAUGAAAAGAAAAAUGUGAAUUGAGUGGAGUACCCUAGUGUCCCCGAUUAUAUUCUACUUCCAGACACCCCCUGUGCCGCCUUCCCACCUCUCACGCCGAACCUCUACCGUUCUUCAAUCUCGUCUUACUCACCUUCAACGAGCAUCAAGCAUUAGCUCUGCUUUACCAAUGGCUGAUGACUCUGCUAAAGGAAUUGAAAAUGCUUCUUUGAACUCAACACGACUAGAGAACCCUCAGAUUGAGCCCAUAAGACUGCCCUCGGUAGAGGAAAUCCGUGGUCAAGACAUUUGGAACAAUUGUGCAGUGCGCAGUGUUGUCAGUGGAGUCAUGGGUGGCGGGCUUGGCAUCUUCAUGGGUUUAUUUCUUGGAGCACUGGACAACCCAUUGAUGCAGGAGGAAAUGACCGGCAGACAACAGCUUAUAUAUCAAGCAAAACAGAUGGGGCGAAGGAGUUGGAGUUCAGCCAAAGCAUUUGCUGUUAUGGGUUUCAUAUUCUCAGCUGCCGAGUGUGUUGUUGAGAAGGCUCGAGCAAAACAUGACAUAACAAAUACCGUUGUUGCUGGAUGUGCAACUGGAGGUGCAAUAUCAGCAAAAGGAUGACCAUAAGUGACAAGCCUAUGGGAUGCUUAUACUUGGGUGGUAAGGACUAGGGUAAUUGAUAGCCAUCUAAACUAAACUUUUGCUAUAUGUUUAAGAGCGUGUUUUUUUAUAAAGAGGGAGAUGUAAAUCAUAUUAUUAAAGUGAUUUGGAUGGAGGCGCUUCAAGUGUUAUCUGUGGACUGUGACCAUAAAGGUAUCACUCAAGCUUAAAGGAGAAUUUAUUAAGACAUGCAAUGUUGUAUGAAACUGAAUAUUAGGUGGUAAAAAUCCAACAAGAGAAAAAAUUUAAGGCAACAGAGAUGGAAAAUGCUAUGUUGGAUAGGCAGAUCCGCAGAUAUAUUUGACAACACUGGAUUUAGAAAAUUAGAAUGAAUGCAUCAGAAAAAAAAGUUAGGCUAACACCUAUUGUAGAAAAAAAUGAGAAACCAACCUUUGGUGGUUCAGACAUGUUGCAGAUGACAUGUAGAAGCCCCAGUAAGGAGAGUAGAUCAGAUGGAGGAUGGCUUGACUGCUAGAGACGAACUAAAAUUUUUUAUAGGCGUAGCCAUUAAGAAAAAUUUAGAAGUCAAUAAUUUGUCUAUAGAAAUUAUUUAUGACAAAAUAUUAUGGCAUCCUUUGAUCAGAUCCAUAUAGUUGACUCCCUCUAGUGGGGAAAGGCUUGAUUGUUGAAGAGUGUAUCAUUGAUUUUCAAGAGCCUAUGCUCUUCUCUUGUAAUCUUGUUUGGGAAAAUGAUAAACUUACAACAAAGUUCGUUGCUCUGCUCUCUGCUUUGCAUCUAGGCUCUAUUUGUGAAAGGGCACAUAACCUCAAGUCCUCAACAUUUUAUUACCCGUAUACUCUUGUUUUACAACAGAAUUUAAUGAUUAUAACCCUAGAAAAAUGAUUUUGUUUUAUUUAGAUAUUUCAAUUUAAAUCCUUUAAUGAAGAUACAAGUAAUUAUAUAUAAUGGCUAAGAAAGAUGGAAGUUGUGAGUGAUGUUGAUGGGUUGACCAGGUCAAGGGUGAUGUAAUGCAUGCAAGUACUUGUGUACUCUGAUACUCACAUGUGUGCAUUUGGAAAAGAGAGUGCUCCCUACCUACAGCUUUUAAGUGAGUCCAAGCUUGAACUACUUAUACUAUAUUCUUAUUUAGGAUUCCUU